AUGGAGACAAGUUGGAAACGACCAAAUGAGAGUAAACCAAAGGAAGCAGCCACACCCAGCCCAUUGAUGUCAACGCCUGGAACAUCGCAAGCUGAAGAUUCUGCACCUUCUGCACGAUCGAAGGAAAGUUCGAUCUCUAUGCUUGAAGAAGAGGAUGUUGCAAGUGAACGAGAAGAUCAAGACCGUACGCAUGUCGAUGCUGUCGUGAUUACGGUGGGUUCAGAUUUUUUAAAAUUCAUUUUGCCCGGGUUAUUCAUGCUGGACUUCUUUUUAUGCAUAAUUUUUCAUGUUUUACAUUCGAAGUACAAAAAUAUCGAUGAAAAUUCUCCUCGAAUCUUGGUCGGAAGUACAAAGAAACCCAGUCAAAUGAUGUCUAACCCGUUAAAAUUUCAACUCUUUAACUGUUUUUUAUCACUGACGGGUUUUCUUUUUGAUCUAUUCUGUAAAACUGCAGGGCUGUUGGGAUCAAACAUAAAAGUUUUUUUACAUUUAUCUCGUUUAGUAAUUGUCAUGUGGCGCUUCUUUUUAUGCGACAAAAAUACCAGUUAUAAUAGCUUUCGAACCCCGAAGGAAAGUAUAAACAAAACCAUCAAAAUGGUGUCUAACCGCCAAAUUUUCAACUCUCCCUGUGUUUUAUAUCACUAAUU